UCUAAAAUUAAGGCCGGCUUCUUUGUACGCGCGUAAGUUGACGUCUCUUUUGAAAAUCUAUUUGUAAAUGUGAAAAUUUUUCCAAUAUUGUAAAAAAAUACUAGUACAUAAAGACAAUUACAGAUGCAACAUCAGAAUGUCAACAUCAUCCAGAUUGACCCUUUCGCUGGGUGAUCAUCAGCUGGCCAAAUUGACCAAUGAUUCGACAGAAAUACGCAUGCGUGCAUUGGAGCAAAUAGAAACGCGCUUCAUACGAUGUCUGCAGCAUGGCGAGACAAUUAGCUUUAAGCCAGUGCUGCUGCUUAAGCAACUAAUUCGCUGGUUUGGCCACACACCACCGGCUGCUGCUGAGCGCGUGCUGGCCCUAAUGCUCGAGCUCUUGCGUUCUGAAUACGGCGAGGCUGUGGUAAACAAGAUUCCCUGCCGGCGCCUGGAGGCAGAGCUGGUUAAGAUACGGAAAAUAUUAAAAUAUGUGCAGUCAAAACGUGUAUUCGAACUGUUGGACAAUAUACAGAGCUUGGUGCCUAACCUCUACAAAGACUCUAAUCCCAGCCCUAACAACAAUAACAGCAACAACUGUUCAGGUGAAUCUCAGGACAGCGCCGGUGAAAUGGAACUGUUUUCCAUUGAAAGUUUCAAUAUUGGACCCGAUGAUUUUGAAACGCCUUGGUCGUGCGGCAGCCCAGAUGAUUUGGCCACGAUGAAGACCCUCGUGGAUACCUUGACCAUUGGCAACGAUUUGCAGCUGCAAGAGAACUUGGCCAGCUUGCAAAUCAAAUUGUGCGAUUAUCCAGCCGAACAGCUUUUUCAGGCUCCGUAUAUAUUCCUUCAGUUGCUGCAUGUGCAGCAGUUACAGGCAGAUGCAACGCUGUUGCACGUCAACCGGACGCUUUUGACCUUCGUUAGGUUGCUGCAGCGCCGUCUUCGCGUUCGCAGCAAAUCACUUGACUUCGAUUUGAGUGUUAAGUCGCAAGCAAUGUUGCCACAGCAAUUGCGCGUUUCGAGUGUCUUGACGCUACUACUGAAUGGCUGUUUGGAGCUGCUUGGGCCACCGCUGCUGGAACAUUGCAGCCAUAACUGGCAUCUGAUUGAGCUGAGUGUUGAGGCGAUUAAGACCUAUGGCCAGAUCGGUAUUGCAAUACCGGAGAAUAUUGUGCAGCGACUGGGACUGAUUGCACCUAAGCUGAUACGUUACUGCAUCAGCUUUGAUGUGGCACACAUUAGCGAGACACCGAACUUGGUGAAAAAGUUGAUGAUCCCUCGAUUGGAAUCGCUGAUCUUUAAUGGUCUGCUCUUGGAUGUUAUUGCAUUGAGUUUGUCAACCACUGGAAGCAUUGACAAAGCUACCGCCCGCACAUUGCUACAUCCACUAAUCCUGGACAGUUCCUACUUGUCCUGUGUGCCCUUGCGCAUGCACGAGCUGUGCAAUCUAUGCGGUAUAGUUACCCCUGAGGCGGCGCCCGAGGAGCAGCAAAUUAUGCGCCUUAAACAGGCAUAUAGCCUGGCGCUUGCUCAGUUGAUGGAUGAAACAAAACUGUCGGCCAUAGAACUGUUGCAAGAGCAGCGUCAAAUAUGUUUGGUGCUGCUUUUGCUAGGCAGCAAGGGCCUGAUGAAACAGCUAAUUCAAGCAAUUAUCAAAUGUACCAGCUUUUACAUAGUCAAGCCAGAGCUGCGCCAUGAGGCGGAGUCGCUGCUGCAAACCUUGUUCGACCUGCCCGAUGAAGAAUUGCGCAACUGCGCCUUGCGUCAGCUGAAGCAACCCGUUGUGGAUCACUUUCACGCCUUCAUGAACAGCACUAACUACUUGGCCGGCUGUAAUAAUAUUGAGUUAGCCAAAAAUCAAAUUCUUGGCCUGCCAAUGAGCUCACAGCUGCUGCGCAAGUUGCUCGUGCAGGGCUGGCGGCCCGAGGAGCCGCCGCAGCUGCAGCAAUGGUGCAUUGACUACUUGAUAAUGUUGGUGGGACUCGCGAAGCUGGUAUCGUCUAAGGACUUUAACGAAAUGUUCAAAAUUGUGAUGCCAGUGAUGCCGCUGCUCGUGUGUCGUGCCAUCAACCAGCCCCAGCUGCAGCAUAUGCUUUGGGAGUUACUUGAUCCGGAUAGCGAAUAUUUGGAGCCGCCGCAAGCGCUGCGUGGCAAUGUCUGCUACAUGUUUCAUCCGGAUGCCAAGUUUCGCAAGGAUGCUAUCGGUCGGAUUGCCUACAUCCUGGUCUGGCAGGAUCAUCAGCACAAAUACCGACCCGCCAUGGAUAAGCUCUGCCUAGACUUAAUUGGCCACGACGUUUGUGUUAUUCAGCCGCCAGUCAACUACUACAGCAUAUUUAGCGAGCGCUCGCAUUUGCCAUUUACACGCAGCUUGCUGACGCUGUUGCGCCUGCUGGAGACACGCGAUCUGAAGUCGAGCAUACGCAAAUCUACUCUCAUACAGCUGAACGUUUUGCUGCAUAGCUGGGAAGCUGUGGACUUGUUCACCACCUGCGACGGCGCCUAUGUGCUCUGCUUGAAGGCGCUUCAUGAUCCGUUAUUGCGUGACAGGGCCGGAGGCAGUGAAGAGACCGAAACGCUGCUGCCGGCAGUCAGUAUUCUACUUAGAGUGCUUUUCCGCAGCGAACGAUUUCGUCACGAAUUCAAGGACAACGCAGAGAUGCUGGUCUGUCUGCUUCGCUGUCUUUUCCUGCUGCCGCACGAGACGCAGUUGCGUGCCGAAGUGAGCAUCUGCAUAUUCCAGCUGCUUUUCCAUGAGCAUAUGACGCCUGCCGAUGAUAGUCUUAAGCUGGACGUUGAUCUCUCUGACAUGGUUGUGCCGGUCAGCUAUGAUCUGGACCAUACCGUACCACCGACAGCUGCCACCGAGGGACUGGCACUGCAGCAGCACCUGCUGGUGAAACACUUCGAGAAUAAUGCUGCCAUCGAAGCUCAGCAUUGGCGCCUUUUUGUGGCACACAAAGUAUGCGGCUCGCCGGAGGAUCUGGCGCUGUCGGACGUUCACGGACUGGAUAUUAAAGAGACGCUGAAGCUGAAGCCGGCAGAUCUGGCACUCGUUCAUGCAUCGCUCGUGCACUUGCAGGUGCAGAACCAACUAAUGGCCGCCAGCAACUGCAGCAGCCACGAAACUCUUCAGCAGCUCGUCGCCAGUAUUCAGUUGUUUCUGGUGCUGCUGCGCGGCGAUAUGCAGCCGCCUCAGUGCAGUAAUCUGUGGAAGCUUAUGCAUAAGUAUCUGCGGCUCACUCCCGGCAAUUGUGCAGAUCUUGAGCUGUAUAUUGCUUUGUUGGAGUUGUGCUUGAACUGUUUGCGUCAUCGCUUGCCAGAGGUGCUCGCUGGCCUGAACAAUGCCCUCGAAACUGAUCCUCAUCAUAGUUUCUUGGAGAUUCUACGCGAUGACAAUGUCUCAUUGAAUCUCUUGAGCCUGGUCACGGAGUCUUUGGUGCAGCUAUUGCGCUGGCAGCGCCAUCAGCCCAACGUCACUUGGCAGAGCAAACUCUUUGAUGAGCUAAGCACACGGGCGCGUUCCCUCUUCGAGCAGCGCAAGCUGCAGCACGUCCGCUGCGUUUUGGGCGUCCUUCGAGACCUCAGUGAACGCCCGUUGCACAUAGACAGCUCCAAAACAGAGGCCUAUUAUAAUCAUUAUGUUCAGCUGUCGAGCAACCUGCGCACGUCCACACAAACCGGCGCCCAAUGGCAACGCGACUGUUUGUUCAUUAUCUGUCAGAUGCAAACCCAUGGUAAGCUGCUGGCUCCAUCAUGCAGCAAGAUGCUCGGUGGCAACAAGGUGCUGCGCUAUCUGUUGGGUCUGUGCGGCCACACUGAUGCCGAGGUGCGCUCGUUGGCCUGGGUGGCAAUGGGUAAUUGGGUAAAAAAUGCCGGCAACAAUAUGACGAGCAUUUUGCUCGACUUUCAUGAUUUUCUGCCAGGAGGCCUGGCUGCAUGCUGUCUUAGCACGAUGCUGGACGGCCACGAGGCGUUGUUGGUGCGUGAGCUGGCGGGACGAGUCUUUGAGUUGUUGAUACCAUAUAUUGGGGCCACAGCUUGCACCGAGCUGUUCAGCUAUCACUCAUUCCUAAAGCACGCUCACGCAGCAAUUGUCUCGCUGCAGAUGUCGCCAGAUAAGAAGCAGGAGGCCGGUGUGAAUUCCUCGUUUGAAUUCAUUACCUGUUGCAUAAGCAUAUGUGUUACUUUGAUCAUGCACGAGCCAAGCUGGUGCUCCGCACUCUGCGGUCAUGCGUUCUUCAAUGCGCUUAGCGAUGUACUGAAGAUGCCCACACCCAGCAAGCCCCACAUCAGUGUCUACCUGGAGCUCUGCGCUGGACAAAUCUGCAAGCUGUAUGCGAUGUGUUACCAACACAACUUUAAUUGUUUACAGCGCAGCAUCUGCCGUGAUCCUGUGUUGUUGAAGAGCUAUUUUUCUUUGAUUAACGAUGUGCUCGACCAGAAGGUGGUGUCGGAACAUCAGCUCGUUGAAAUUCUUAAGUUGCUAAUGGUGUUCUGUAAGGAUGCAAAUGCCUAUGGUUUUCUGUGCGACAAGUUCAAGGUACAUCCGGAGCUGCUGUUCGAUCUGCUGCUGUACGGUCUAAACCAGAUUCUUAUAGAUCGUGCGGUUCAGAAAUACACGCUGUUAGCGCUCUCGCUGCUCCUGAUAAAGGCACAAGACGCAUCCGAGGAGCACAACUUACUUCGCGUGUUUGAAGCGUAUGUGGAGGAAUCGCACACAAGUGACGAGGACAAGGAAGAAGAGGAGGAGACUGACAGCGACAGCUAUGACAAGGAGAACAAUACAAAUGAUUUAAACAAACAACUUAAAAUAUUGAGCUUAAAGCCAGUGGCAAAGCAGAAACCCUUGGCAGUCAAACUAAGGCAAAAUUGCGUCGGCGCUAGCCAGCCGAAGGAAUUUACCAACGCCGCUGUUUUGCUCUACCACAGCCUUGACCGGCUGUUCGAGAUCCACUAUCCAUCCAAGACAUAUAGCUUUCUGCAAGGUCCUACCAAAAGCCAUGUCCAGAUCUGCGAGGUGCUCGGCAAUUUGCUGAAGCAAUCGGCUUGGGCGGCGGACGCUGCGCGCCACUUCAAGCUGCUGGAACGUGUUAUACAUCUGCUUGAAGCGUUCCUCGACGACAGCAACAUUGGCAAUGCCACAGUGUAUGUGCGGCGCGUGGGCGCUCACAAAUCGCGCGACAUUAUCAACAACUUACUAAUAUUGCUCAACAUGCUGAUGCACUGGCAGAAUACGCCGCAUACCGUCAUUACGGAGCCCGUGAUGGCCGCCAGGGUUGUCAGAGUGAUCGUUCGUCUAUGGCCUUGGCUGUCGCACUCGGCGGUGCUGAAGCAUAUGACCGUGCGUCUGACUACGUUGCUCACCGAGCACUCCUUUGAGAUGUGCAAACAGACGUCGCAGGUGCUCUCGAGCCAGUCACACUCGCUGCUGCAGCUAAUGGUGCGCGUGGCGGAUCAUGAGUCGACCAAAAAAGAAGGAGCCACCGUCAAGCCGGACUUCGCCAAGUGCAGCUCCGACUCAAUUAUUGAGGCCGCUUUGCGAGUUAUGAUCAACUGCUGCUCCUGUGCCGAAGGUCGCCUCAGUCUGGGUAAGAUGCGUGUGCUGGACAUGUUUGACACGAUCAUGCCAGCUACCAGCAGCAAUUCGAGCAAAGUCAAGCCGGAAGUGUUACUUGGCUGGAUAGCCUUUUGGGAGGUGUUCUCCAGGUACGAGCUGGGCUAUAAGAUCUGUCAUCUCCAGGCGCUACUCAAUCUCAUCCGUCGCUCGCCGCCACUGAGCAAUUUGCGCCUGCGCUGCCUGCGCAUCGUGCGCAACAUGUGCUUCAGUAACCACAAUCGCAUGCUGCUGGUCAACAUGACAGGCUUCACGGACUUUCUGCGGGACAUUGUCUCGCAGCCGGUGCAGGAUGGCAACGGUGGCGGAGACACCUGUAUCAACUCGUACGUGGAGCACCAUCUCGUUGUUCUCUGUCUGUGGAAACUAUUUGGCUUUAGCGCCAAAUGCCGAGCCAUGCUGCGUGGCACCAAAUUGGUCAAACAAUUGACAGUACUCUGGGAUCACCUGACGUCUAUGGAAGCGGAGCGACCGCAACAAUUUGACGACUUGCCCUUUGCUGCCGAGCUGAAGGAUCUGCUUGGCAAGCUCUUUGAUUCGCUGCAGUCUUAGCCAGCUAACUGUAGCUCUACUUAAAUCAAGUUUGCAUUUUCACUUUGUUUCAUGUUAACUAUUUUCAAAUAAUUUAUUAACAAGAUUUUAUUGUUCAGUUUGAUUAUCAGCCCAAUGUAACAUGCAAAUAAAUAAGUUAUCUAA